GUCCCCACCAACAUCACUUCGAUAAACCCCGCUUUCCUGAUACUCGAAGCCCAAUUCCACCAACUCAAAUAUGUCACGUAAAUUUCCUGAAGUCCAGGGAGGAGGCUCUCUUAUUGUUGCCUGGCAGGUAAAAAGCAAACAUGUCUUGGUUGUGGGAGGUGGUGAGGUAGCCGCCGGUCGCAUACUCCAUGCCCUAAACGCCGAUGCCGAAGUAACAGUUGUCUGCCCUGCCUCUGGCCUCAAUGAUGAAGUAGCAUUUCGGGUCUCCGAGGGUCAAGUAUCUCACAUCGAUCGGAACUUCGAGCCAACAGACCUUGAAGGAGCAGACAUGGUUCUCUGUGCUAUUGACGACCCAGACGCCUCGACCCGUGUAUGGAAGCUGUGUAAAGAGAAGAGAAUUCCCGCAAACAUCGCCGAUGUACCUUCCGAAUGUGAUUUCUACUUCGGGAGUGUACAUCGGGAUGGUCCGCUACAGGUGAUGGUCAGCACGAAUGGAAAUGGCCCUAAGCUUGCAAGUAUGGUACGAAAGCAAAUCGCCGGAACACUCCCCGACAACAUGGGCGCAGCAAUAGAGAACGUGGGCACAUUGCGGAAAAAGUUAAGGGGGGUAGCUCCCACCGCAGAGGAAGGUCCUAAAAGGAUGAAAUGGAUGUCUGGAGUUUGUGAAUCCUGGAGCCUGGGUGAACUUGUCCAGAUGAAUGACCAGGAUAUGGACAAGCUCCUAGCCCAUUACGAGUCCGGCAAGAUCCCCAAAUUCGAUGAAGUCCGGUUAGACUGACCACCACCUUUGCAUACACUCUAGCCGACGUGUUCAGGCAGUGAGACUGAGAUUGGCUGAAGUCUCCAAGCCUGAGAAUGAUCCCUCACCCAAGAUUAUCUCCGUGGAAAGGAGCUCGUGUGCCUUUUAUAAUAGCGCAAGCAUUUAUGUACAUGUCCCGAGGCUCCGUGGUCAACCUCGAUAUCCAGCAGCUUUUCAGCGGAUAGUCGUUACAGACCUUUGCUUAUUGACAAGGAGUCAGCAUGUUUCUUAAGAAUUGGCCACCUAUAACCUACGAGAAUUGGGUUUAGUAUGGCUCCAUUUUGCUCCGGAAGUGGUUGUCAUACUGUGUUUCGUAGGAGGCACUUGGAGACCGAACUAGGAUAUUGAAGGGAAAGAUGCAAUGUAUGUAGUCUCUAGGAUGGAAU